AUGAAGUGCGUGUCUUUAGGCAAGGGGUCGUAUGCUAAAGUAUACAGGCUCAUGUUCAACAAGGACCAGACUGUGGUGAUAAAAGUCUUGAGAAAAUGCGGAAUAAGCGAGGGCAUACCCCAGUGCCUGAGUAAGGUAGCGUUCGACAAGGGCGCGGCGAUAAUAUUUGCCGACUCGGUGAGUAGGCCCUUAGACCGGAUACUAUAUCACGACAAGAGCUCGAUAAACUUUAGAAGCGUUUUUAAGCAAGUGUUUCGCACGUUACACGCGUGCGUGCAAAAAUGCAACGUCUUUCACUGCGACAUAAAGCCAAACAACGUCGUAGUGUACGCCGACAUGAAGUGUACGGUCAUAGACUGGGGCGGCGCGUACCUGGCUCCCGCUAUACACAAACCGAGCGUUUCGGAUCCGGCUGCCGUCAGGACGACCAUGGCGUAUUCGUCAACGGAGGUCGUGGCCAUAUAUUGCGGCAGCCGCAAGACGAGUUACAAUCCGGAACUCCUCAUGACAUGGACCCUGGGAGUCUUUCUGUACGAACUUUAUUUCCGCAAAAUACUCUUUCAACGACCCAAGGAAGACCUGCUUCCCAGUGGAAUAGUCGGGGCCUCCAAGGAAACGAUUCGUAAACUCGAGUCAAAGAUCACCAAGGCUGUGUACUCGGCGCCGGUGGACGUGGCCGAAUUGAUUUGGCUCUGCUUGGCGCCGUUGCCCGAGGACAGAUGUAGACUGGUGGACAUUGAGGCGUACCUUGUCAAGGCAGGUUAA